CUCUUCGGCACUCUGUCCGCCGCCAUGGCCCUGCUCGCUUCCAGCCUCAUCUUCCAGCUGCCGGCGGGUCGGACCGCUCUCGGAAGCGGUCCCGGAGCCGUUCGAGGAGCGCUGCCGGAGUCCGCGGCCGCCGUUUUGCUGCCGGUGUCGGCCGUGUUGGCCGCGCUCUGCCUCGUGCUCAACGUGAGCUGCCUCCUCCUCUGCCUCCUCCACGGCUACUUCAGCACGGAGCUGUGCCGGGGGCAGCCCGGGUCCGAGCGGGCAGCCUGGUUCCUCCUGGACAGCCGGACAGUUCGCCACGCGGCCAUCGGCUUGUUCUGCUGCGGGGUCUCAGUCUAUCUGACAGCUCUUGCCAUCUACAUGCUGCUGCUGUUUGAACUCGAGGCUGGCAUCGCCAGUGCCUGCAUCCUCUCCUCUGGCAUCAUCGUGCUGCUGGUGACGGUGACGCACGCCCUGGUCCGCGCCUCCCAGCUGUCACACCGCAGCCACUCCGAGAUCUCUCACACUCUGUAUGAGAACGACUCUGCCCAGCACAGCGAAACUCCCGGCAGCAAUCUGAACAACAAGAGCGUCCCUGUGCCCCGGUCCCGGCCUGAGAUCCACCGGGAGUUCUCCUUCCCUCCGUUCCUGGAGCGCAAAUCUCAGCUGGGCUCUCCAGCCAGCAGCAAUCUCACCUCCUCGGGCAGCCCUGGGGCACACUCUGAGAAGGAGAGCUACCACCUGCCCCGCACACACAGGACGCUGUCAGCAGAGUCAGCCUUGCUGCAGGCACAGGGCAAGCCCUGGAACGGCGUCACCCAGGAGAUGAGGAAUGUGCUGGCACGCAAACCUGGAGCCUCGGGCAAGGACUCGACCCUGGUGUGAGUGGAAUGUCCAUCUCAUCACGGCAGAACUGCAGGCACCAUAGCCAAGAUCUGCAUCUCUGUUUAGAGCUUAAUAUAGGUCACGUCACAGCCCAAGUGUCAAUGAUCUCUCACGAGAUCAGGAUGGCUGAUUUUCCAACCUCUGCCCUCCUGCUCGGAGGAUGCUGCAUGGGCCUGUGCAGCCACAGCCAUGGGUUUUCUUCUUUGCUGAGAAGACCGGGCUCCCAGCCCCUCCUGCAGUGCUGCUGGCACUUGUCUCCCUGCAAACAAGGACAGCAGUGGCAGGGCAAAGGCUCGUGCAGGACUGUCCCAUCUCUGCAGGGCACUGACGGCAGUGAAGGAAGUGGCACAUGUGUGAGGGGUGAGAAGACUUUGUCCAGGAGCAGACUACUCCCCUUCCCCAGCAAUCCUAGCUAGUUUCUCUGGCUGGCCAUGCCCCUCUCCCCUUCCAUUGCCUUCCUACAUCCUCCUCUAUUCCCUCAGUCACCAGCACCUCAACCCUCUGGGCAGGACAUUGGAGCUGCCCAUCUGUGUUCUGUGGGAAAACCUUGCUGGGGAUUACCUGCAUGUCACCUUAAGAACGGUGCCAGUUGUCAGUGCUGAGAGCUGUGGUGCAGGAAGGGUUGUGUUGGCGGUUCUCUGCUGUCUGCAGGACAGAAUGCACAAGUGCAACUGCUGCUUCUGUUAAAAAUGAGUGGGUUUGGCUCACAGUUACUAAAGCUACAUGCUUGGAUCUUCCCCACAUCCUCAUCAUCCAGCAAUCUGUAAAGCAUUUCACGGAGUGAAGGAAGGCCACUGAUCCAGAUCCCCCCUCACCCUCCAUGUUAUUAUCCUCAGAGACACCUGUUACUCUCAGCACAAUACACAGUACUUUUUUGGAAGUCUAGCACUGCUUUGAUCCCUGUAUCCUUGGUAAAUUCUUCAGCAGAACAGAACUGUUGGUUCCAAGAGAGAUUAACACUGCAUGACACAGAAUGAAGAAAGUCCUUUUUUUCCCCCAAAGAACGGGACAGUUUCUUUCUCACUUGAAAGGCUCCAACUCCGCAUGUCUUUGUUUUGCUCCAU